AUUUAAUCAAUGUGUUAAUUCUUCAUAAUCGAAGAAACCAGUGAUAUCACUACUUAGGCUAUUUUGUGUCCCUCUAUGUGUAGAAAUAUGUACGCCUAUUAUGGUAUUAUUGUAACCUGAUGUGCCUAAUAAAGGACUGAUUCUCAAUUUAUUCAGUGCCCGACAAAUGUUAUUUGGUGUACAUGGACUUUAUCUAGAGAUAAACUUUUGCAGAAAUUUCAUUCUUAAUGUCAGCCAAGUUUCGAAUUGCUUAGGAUCAGAAAUCAAUCAGGCGUCUUUCAAAUCUUCUUGAAAUGAAGAAAUCAGUUAGUGGAUUACUGGUAUCUGCAAAGCAUAUUAAAAUAAAAGAAUACUUCUGACAGUUUGGCUGCCUAUUGGAUCAUCUAUUAUCGCUGUCUCAAUAAAAUGCCAACGGAUCUUCGACAGAGCCGAAGUUAUGUUUCAUAUCACGCUACAUUUUCCGAGGCACCUCAUCCAGUCGGACGUCAUCACAUCUUACAAACUCACGGUCAGCAGAAUGCCUCAGAUCGUCUUUAUCAGAUUGCUAUGCAGGCAACGGUGGCGAAUGCAGAAGCGUUCAAAGGUGCAUGCGAUGACGGUCAUAAGUUAAUUCUCGAAGACAGCAGACCUUCUUUAAAUAAGAUGAAAUCAAAUAAAGCUAGUCAUAAGCACAAAACUAACAGUAAUACAAGUACUUCUAACAAUGUAACUUCAAGGACUAAAACAGUACAUUUAACUCCGCAACAGUGGCAGUUGUUGACUGACUAUCAUGAGCACGAUUUAUUCGUACGUACAAGAAGUUGGAGCUUUUGCAUGGCAGUUUUGGGCGUCGGUGUCACAUUAUUUGGUAUUGGCAGUCCAGCUUGGAAAUGGAUUGGUGAUGCUCGACAUCCAUAUGAACUAGGAUUAUGGAACUUGUGCCUACCGAACAACUCCACCUGCCUGUUUAUAAUUUAUCAUCUGCAGAAUAACUGGAAACUUCACACAUCAAUUAUCUGUCUUUUGGGUUGCGCCUGUUUAUUCGGACUGUUGGGUUUGGGUUUGGCGAUCACAGGUGUGUGCAAAAGUGCCUUGAUUCUCCGACUGUAUUAUUAUCAUUCAGCAGGUGAAUGCUUUCUUGUUUCAAGCAUCACCACUAUAACAUCUUUAAUCCUCUACCCAUUCUCUGCAGAAGCGUGCAUCCAAAGCCUACUGAAGCUCAAUCUAUUUAAAUUCAAGUCGUCUAGCCAAACGACAAUGACUAGCAGUCAUACGUUUGCCAAUAAUAACAGGAAUCCUGAUGACACUGAUAAAAUAUCUCUGGAAAGUGUAGAAUCUCAGUAUGGAUAUACAUACUUCUUAACUUGGAUUGCUGCAGCAUUCUUCUUCAGCUCCUUUAUAUGUAUGAACUUAGAUCUUCUGAUACAGUCAUUUGUUCGACCGAUACCGACGAUAAGUAAUGUGUUGACUUAUUUGGCGCCAUGUUGGGGGUCAUCGGUCGCAUCGUUAACACGGUCACCAGUGUUGUCUUCAUCAUCCGGUCAUCAUCCACCCACAAUGAGUCUUCUAUUACCAAACAAAAACAACGUAUAGAGAGAGGAACUACAAACAAAACAGAAAAUUUAAACAGCGGUUUAAAAUCUGAAACCAGUUUAGUUUAUUAUCAAUCCGAACCUCCAAAUUCUCAGGAUGUGUACACAUUACCUGAUGACAGUAUGAGAGAUAAUAGUCAACAUGAACACGAACAUCCACAAUGUCAAUUGCUGAAUAUCUUUCUAAGUGAUUACGAUGAAGAACGGGAAAUAAUGACUUCCCAAGGUGACAGUUCGCCGACACAAAAUUCCUUUGACAAUGGUGGUGAAAUUCCAAAUAAGAUCACGAUACAUUUAGAUGAAGAUGGUGACUGGAUCUAAAUGAAGCAAAGAAAUUUCGGAUACAUACUAACUGAAUCUCCAGAAGUCAACUGUUAGCGAGAACUUUUGACUGCACUGUAUCUUCGAUCAUGAUUACUUUGCUAACCAUUUACAGUUUUCCCGCGAUAUAUUGUUUGUCGAUAUUCUCCUGAUUAUGCGUCUUUCAAGCUAUAAAUAUCCGUUUGAAAAUUCCGCGGUGAUGUUAUGAUAACUCCAAAUCACUUUUUGAUAUUUCUUUUUAUGUAAAAUAUUCUACAAUUAUGGCUUAUUCUAGCUUAAUGAACGCUGUUUUUAAAGAUACUAAGCAAUAGUCGAGUGUUCGACAAAGGAUUAAUAAAGAAUGAAUGAGUUAUUUUCCGUUCUGUCGUUUGUAAAUAUAGCACCGUAAUUCGCACCUUUAUUUUGCGUGUAAAAACUUAUUUUCAAAUAAUAUGCGAUUUAUAACUUUUCAGUUUUUUCUUACUGGAAACCGAAUGUGCUCACUGGAAUUUUUCGACCGUA